GCAGUUUGCGACAUUUUGCUUCAAGAUGGCACCUAUAGUUUCAUUCCUCCAGCUGACAACGGCUGUGUCCAGUAUGGCGAUUGUUUUUCAAUUUCAAAGCUGAUCAUGGCAUUCACCCUGUGGACGUUGUUUGAGGCGACCCUUCUGUGCCUGAACGCCGUGUGCGUCUUACACGAGGAACGCUUCCUGGUGAAAAUGGGAUGGGGAGCACAGCAAAAUAUCCAAGGAUUUGGAGAAUCACCAACCAUCAAGUCACAGAUGCUGAACCUAGUGCGCUCAAUCAGAACAGUAGCAAGGUUUCCUUUGAUAUUUCUCAACAUACUGACCAUCAUAGUGAAGCUGGUGCUGGGAUGACCAACCGAAAGUAAAGUAAGAGUGAGAGAAUGUGAUAAAUGCGUGCAAACUGAAUCGUGUAAAAAGGUGUAAGUGGGACUGGCUGAUAUAGAAUUUUUACAGUAAAUAAAGUUUGACGUUUAACUAG